UUGGGCCAGAUUAUUUGUCGUGGGGCCUGUCCUGUGCGUUGUAGGCUAUUGAGUGUCCUCCCUGGCUGCCACCAUUGAAUGCCAGGGUAGAGUACGCUACAGAACCUGUGAGAGUAAAAAUAUCUCCAGACAUCGUCAGAUAUCCCCUGAGGGGCAAGGUCCCUCCCAGAUGAGAGCCACCAGUAGACGCAUGACAGGCACCAGGUAGAGGUGAGGUCUUCAGCAACCUAGGCCUGAGUUAGGGGACUCCCCUCAAGGUGUGGGACCUUGAGGAAGAGCCUUUGGUGGUCUCUUCCAAUGUAGACCCCAGGGACAGGGAUUGAAAGAUGCUCUAUAAUCAAUUGCCUAAGUGCCCCCAAAAGAAUGUUCCACUUGAUCUUUUUUUUUUUUUUUCCUUUUGCCUAUUCAACUUCCCUGUCCUAAUGAAAAAAAGGUAUUUCUAUCGUGCCACUCAAAGGAUGGUCUGGAGUGGUGUGUUCUCUGGAACCCUCGUUCUAAGGGACGGUGACUAGAUAGUAUGUAAGAAAGGAUCCUAGGGCAAAAAAAGUUUGGGAAAUGUUGGUUUAAAUAAAGGUAAACUGUUUUCUUUAUUUUGCAGGGUUUUUGGAAGCUUUUAAUAUCAGUGGUAAAUUAUGGCUCUCCAAAAGGAGGUAGAGUAGGCCUCUGUCAAAAUUUUCUGAACAUGAAAUUCCUUCAUGAAGCAUUUUCUAGAGAAAGAAUGUUCUAUGGGAUGUAUUUGGGAAGCAUUGUUCUAAAGGCAUUUGGAAGGGGCUGGUUCUGCGGGCCAGGGUGCUGGUGAGGAGCAGGUGGUGGGGUAAGUACUAAGCUGACAUAAUGCAUGGAGAGUGUCACGAUCUGGGCUCCGCACACACCAGAAUGGCCGUCCAUGACGGUUAUUAGAAUAGCGAAAGACUCAUAUUCUGGGUGGUAAAUGGCUAUCCUGAGCCUCUUGAGAGCUGCCCGCUCCCACCUCCACCCUCCACCUGGCCCUUUGCCCAGCACUCCGCAGACCUCUCCUCUCUCCGGAACUACAAGGUUCAUGCCUGGGUCAGGAGGGGCCCCUCUGUAGGACCUUGCUCCAGUGUUAUGGGCUGUGUCUUUUCUGGUUGGUUGGUGACCACAGUGCACAAGUGGUUAACAUUCUGCACAUCAUCCUGGGCUUGAGGGAGGCCGUCGGGGAAAGUAAAUGGAAAAGGAGUCUAAAACUUGUAGUCAGAAAUACCCUCACCCUCAGAUUGUUCAGGCUUCUCCUGUAUACCAGGCUCCUGUUUGCCGGCUAGCAUGAGAGACUUAAAAUACUCCCACUGACGUAAGGUAGUGAUAGUGUAUUAUUGGACAUAACUGCUCUCUGAAGAACCAAACAGAUGCUGAGCUUUACACUGUGUGUGAAAAGUUGGUAGAACAGAGUUUUGCAGUUCAAAGAAAGAAGACUCUUCCCACAGUCUCUUUCCUUGUCUAGGAGAUGGAAGUCUCUGGGGGAUCGAGUCAUUUGAUUGGGUGUGACCAGGGGCCCGUCCAUGGGGAGGCGUGUCUCUUGUAAGGGGUCUGUGGAGAGGGGUGACAGCCCGCCUCAGCCCGUCCACUUCUGUUACACUCAUAUUGGCAUGACUUUGGAUGUGAGCACGGUGCCGGGCAGAUCAGUCUCCAUAAAGAAGAGCCAGCAGUAGACACAGCUGCCAAGAGAACACCAGUCACCAGCUGAAUGAAAUUGAAAACAUGUACAGCGUUCGUUAAAGACAAGGAGGAAGGCUGGUCUGUUCGUGGAAAUCUGAAAUGGGUACUUCAGAUGGUAUUCAUGUUGCUCAGCCUGUUAGUUCCCAGAAACUGAUUAAUAGGAACUUUUAAUAUCUUUUUCUAUGUUUAUUAAUUAUAAAAGAAACUACCAAGGUAUUCUUUCAGGAGCUUAGAUGGGGAAAAUUUGAAUAUAUGUCUAAACCUAUAAGAAGCUUGGUUUUUAUCAGAUAAUAAUGUAGAACGAGACGGGUUGAACUUCAGCUGCUGACGGGAGAAAUAUAAGCUGAUUAACUUGCCUGAAGUAUUUGUGAGUUUUUCGGUUGUGAUCAUGGGUAACAAAUAAUGAUUGAAUAACCCUAAUUGAAAAUUGACCUAAAUUAUAAACUAGUUAUUUAUUUUUACCUACACAAUAGUAUUGAGCAAGUGAACAAUCUGCGGGAGAUACAAGCACUGAGGCGCCUGAAUCCACACCCUAACAUUCUUACGUUGCAUGAAGUGGUUUUGGAGAAGACACCCAUUGUCAGAAAAAAAGAUUAUGCACUAUAUGUACCAGUUAUGUAAAUCCCUUGAUCAUAUGCACAGAAAUGGAAUAUUUCACAGAGAUGUAAAGCCAGAAAAUAUAUUAAUAAAGCAGGAUGUCCUGAAGUUAGGGGACUUUGGAUCCUGCCGGAGUGUCUAUUCCAAGCAGCCCUACACAGAGUACAUUUCUACCCGCUGGUACCGCGCCCCAGAGUGUCUCCUCACCGACGGCUUCUACACCUACAAGAUGGACCUGUGGAGCGCUGGCUGUGUGUUCUAUGAGAUCGCCAGUCUGCAGCCCCUCUUCCCCGGAGCCAACGAGCUGGACCAGAUCUCAAAAAUCCACGACGUCAUCGGCACCCCUGCUGAGAAGACCCUCACCAAGUUCAAACAGUCGAGAGCUAUGAGUUUUGAUUUUCCUUUUAAAAAGGGAUCAGGAAUACCUCAAUUGACAGCCAAUCUGUCCUCGCAAUGCCUCUCCCUCCUGCAUGCAAUGGUGGCCUAUGAUCCUGAUGAGAGAAUCACUGCCCACCAGGCCCUGCAGCAUCCGUACUUCCAAGAACAGAGGGCGGCUGAGAAGCACGCUCUGGCCAGCCGCAGGAAAGCCUUCUUUCCAGAGCGCCCUAUGGCAUCGGAACUUCUCAGUAACAGUUGGCACACUUCAAAGGAGGACAGAAAGAAACAGUCCCUAAAGCCAGAGGAGGACCAUCCCAAGAGACCAGGACCGGCCUACCUAAUGCAACUGCCCAGACUGAAGCUUUCGGGAGGCACCAAACUGUCCUCGUACUCCAGCCCCGCGCUGCACUCCGUGUUCGGCCCGGGGGCCAACAGGAAAGUGCCGGUGCUCAGGCCCCUCAAGUGUGUUGGCGCCAACCAGAAGACGGAUGCGCAGAAGGACAGUAAGCCCAGCCUGAAGCAGUAUCGCCUGCCCACGAUCGAAAGGAAGGGCGGAGGCUACUGAGCAGCCCAUGCCGGCUCGCCUGCCGGGAGCAUGAGACCAGGUGCGCAGGGCCGGGCCCCGCGGAUUGCCGCCGAGCCUUGGAUGGGGGGCUCCGGGGAGAGGCCUGGCCCCCCCCCGAGACCACUGCCCCACAGGCCAGCCAGCACCCACUUGGCCUGGAGCCCCUAGCCUGCAGCGCCUGGCAUCCUGAGAGCAGAGGUCCCGUAUGUUCCUGUCGAAUACGUUUGUAAAACCACCUCAUUCUGGGCUUUCGUUUCAUUCUUGUGACCUAGGAAUUUGGGGCAGAGCAUAUUUUGUAAUUUUUUAUAUGAAUCAAAACAGAAAUGAGAACCUAUAUACUGUAUUAUUUAGGCUUGGUUUCACCGCGGGCUUUGCGCACCGCGCCUUCUUCGGUACAUCACCAAUACCGUGUGGUGCGUCACAGCUCACAGAUCUGUCGGAGUUUUAUUAAAGAAUAAGCUGUCAGUACGAUAUUUUAGUAUUUUCUGAGUUAAACAUGUGUCCUGACGUGCAUUUCUUUAUUUUAAGUCUUGUGAGCACAUUUGGGGAAUUUAUUUUGUUGGGAAGGCUUUGUUUGGUACAGCUUAAUUUUGUGGCCCGCGAAAAGCCAGUAAGGACUAAAGAGAGGCUCGGCCAGGGUGCUCCGUGGCCUUGGCACCCCGGGGAGCUGCAGCCGGACGGGGCUGCCAAGCAUGAGGCACGUCGGAGCGCCGGGCUUCCCCGCGGCCGCCGGCCACAUCGCCUUAGCUCCGGAGGCCCAGCUUCGCCUGUGAAAAGAGAUGCGGCUUCCUGACGGCGCUUUGCUUUAAUGCUGGCCCGCCCACUGGGCAGAUGCCAGACCCUCCUGAGCCCGUUUUUGUCUUGGGAUUUAGCGUAAUGACCCCUUCUUUUCCUCGCCUUCGCAAACUUAAUACAACGUUAAGAAAAAGCAAAUUAC